AUGGGUCCCGGCCUGUCAGGAUGGGGGGAUGUUGGCAGCAGGGCAUCUCCUUUCAAACAAAGGAAGUGCCUCCAGGGAAACCUGUACUAUGGGACUGAGCGAUGGAGGGCUGUCGCAUUGGACCGAGACGAGUGGCGACGUAUUGUUGAGAAGGGCAAGGUCCCACGCGGACUAUGGCGCCAAGAAGGGCACUGCUCACCACCGCAUCCAACCACAGAACAUAAUUCGCAAAGGUCACUCCAAUCGUCCUGUGUUCCUUCUCAAAGAGUGGUACGACAAUACCAGCUCCCAUCCAGCUCUUUAAGCCAAAGGGUGGACUACGACAGAGAGUCCACCCUACUUAGGUCGACCAAAACAGAACAAGGAGGAUGCAUAGCCAAUCUCCUCUCCAGAAUAUCUCAGUUGGGUCAGUGGAAUACCAGGGACGCUGCAGCUGGGAGGGUCUUGGAAGUGGUUAUAAUGAGGAGCCAGGAUGGUGAGCCUAUCUCACAGGAUGAGAUGCAACUCAUACACAGACUCCUCAUAGUUGAAAUUGCCCUUAAAUUUUGGAGAGUGCCACCAACAGCUUCUAGAUCCAGCAAUCCCUCACAAGAGGACACCAUGAGGAGCAGGUACCAUUACGCUCCUGCACUUUCAACCCCCCUUAUCAGCAAUGGGAGAUGCCAGCACCACUUCAGCAGUCGAAGUCUCAACUUCCAAAGCCCACCACAGUACCUCAACCGAGACAGACAUCAGCUACACAGAGGCAUUCAGGUAUGA